UAGCCAAUCAAAAAGCCUUUGUCAUCUCGACUUCGGCACCAAUCUCAGGAUUGAACUUCCGGUAAAAAUGGCCGCAAAGAACGUUUUGAAGACGACGACGGGUCUCACUCGGUUGGCAGUUAAUCCAUUUGCUCAUGAAAACUUGAAGACAUUCUAUGACAAGACUUUAAGAACAUUGGCAAAAAUGCCAGCAGAUGCUGCCUACAGACAAAACACAGAAUCUAUCAUUAAAAAUAGACUCGCCCUAGUGGAAAAGGAACCAAAUAUUGAGAAAUUGGAGCAACAGAUUAACGAUGGGCUAAUUGAGGAGGUUGUUCUUCAGGCCAAACGAGAACUAAAAUUGUCACGACAAAUAUUGGAAUGCAGAGCGUGGGAACCAUUGAUCGCCGAAGCACCCAAGAAUCAAUGGAAAUGGCCAAUUUGAUAGACUCUGUGAUUGAUUUAUUAUUAGACUUCAGAUACAUGUAGAUUAAAUUUGAACAAGAUAAAUAUUAAUGUUUAUUCCUUGGAUUACAUUUGUAUGCAUGGUGUUAGAUAUUGUACAAUAAAUAUAAAACCUAA